UCCUUGUGAACCUGCUGCGUCUGUUUGUACGAUUUUAUGAAGUUUGGCUUUUAUAGAAAGUCACGCUGCAUUUCUCCUUUUUGUUGGAUGUUUGGAGCUCCAAACCUCCUCCAAGCUUUUCAUCCCAUCCUGGUCACGUCACGUGGAUUUCUCCGCCCCCAGACAUGCGCGGUCAGCCCACCUAUAAACACAAACAGGCAUCGUGAGGCGUUCAUAGACCCCCUCUUUUCGUCAAUAUGGAGUUGACUGAAGCCCUCUCCAGACUCCAGUCCUCCUGGAUCUACGUGUUUUCUCUGCUCUGUCUUGUGGUUGUCCCCUACAUGUUCGUGGUCAAACGGAAGGCUGUGCUCCAGAGCUUUGAAGCUUUUCCAGGACCCCCGGCAAACUUUCUCUUUGGAAAUGUUUUGGAGUUUAAACAAGAUGGAACUGAUUUGUUCAAAGCGUUGGAGUGGGGAAAGAAAUACCCUAAUGCUUUUCCAUUGUGGUUUGGCCCCUUUCUUUGCUUGCUCAGCAUUCAUCAUCCAGAUUAUGUAAAAACCAUACUAACAUCAGCAGAACCAAAGGAUGAAUUUAUAUAUUCUUUUCUCGUGCCUUGGAUUGGAGAUGGUUUGUUAGUGUCAAACGGAAAGAAAUGGUUUCGCCACAGAAGACUCUUGACUCCAGGUUUCCAUUAUGAUGUUUUAAAACCYUACGUGCAGCUGAUGUCACAGUCUGCUAAAACGAUGCUGGACAAAUGGGAAAGUUAUGCAAAGACCAAUGAGACUUUUGAAUUAUUUGAGCACGUGAGCCUUAUGACGCUUGACACCAUCCUGCAGUGUGCGUUUAGCUGCAAAAGCAACUGUCAGACAGAGGGGGGAACAAAUGCGUACAUCAAAGCAGUGUAUGAGCUCAGCGAUCUUGUUAGCCUCCGGAAGAGGACGUUUCCAUACCACAGCAACCUCAUUUUCUACCUCAGCCCACAUGGUUUCAGAUACAGGAAGGCCUGCAAAGUGGCUCAUAGUCAUACAGCGGAAGUUGUAAAAAAGCGAAAAGAAGCACUAAAGGAAGAGACGGAACUUGGUCGCAUACAGGCCAACAGAUACUUGGAUUUUCUGGACAUCCUUCUCUUUACGAGG